AUGGAUGAAUCCUCUGAUGACAUUCGGCUCGAAUUGGUCCAAACUCCCGACGGGGAGCUCAAAGGCCCCCCGAUUGAAGACCCGGAUUGUGAUGAAAGCCCUAUUAAUGUUGUAAGAAUGAUUCCUGGAGUGGUCGAUGAGCUGGAAAUAUUACGAAUUGACGCAAGAUCUGUCUCUGUGGCACCUGGCAACGCUCCUGGGGUUGUGCUCUCGCUGGUCGUAGAAUUCUUCACGGUGAUACUUGAGGUCUCCAAAGCCGUGCGAGUGCUGAAAAUUGUUCGGGAAACGGGGCCACUUGAUGACGGGGACUCUGUUGCGCUGGAUAGAGUAAUGAAAAUUGGCGAAGUGAAGACUGAAGAAGAACUAGUAUCCGCAAUCGCCGAGGAUUCUAUCGGACUGGAUAGUGUAAUGAAGAUUGGCGAAGUGAAGACUGGAGGCGAAUUGGUAGUUUCACUCCCUGAGGGCCUGGAGUCAGAAGAUCCACUGGUAGCUAUGGAUGACCUCAUGCUGCUGGACCAGCUUCCUGGAAGCGAAACCGUGAUAGUUUCACCCGAGGUUGCUGAUGGUGUAUCUCCACUGCCUGGACUGUUGGAAAUACUGGAACCACGACCCCACGUGGUACGCCAGGAUACUGUCGACAAUGUGAUGACGCUGGGUUCCGGGGUACCUGUAACGAUCUGGCUCUCGGUUGUCGGAGAUGUGAAGAUUUGA